AUAUAGUCAAAAACAUUUUCUUUCUAAAUAUUAAAAUCAUUCAACAUUUAUUGGACAGUUUUUCAGUUUUUAAAGAAUCAUGAAAUAUAUGUAUCAACUGUAAAUUACGUUGCAAAUAGUUAUUGUAUCCGGAAAUAUUUUAAAGACAAUACAAAAAAACCUAAAUGACUUAAUGUAAUUAUAUACAUAUAGCAUACAGAAACAGUGAUGUAAAUAGAUUAUAAAUUGUAAAUAUUGAGAUAUACAAUUAAGAUAAGUCAUGCAUGAUUCUGAAGAAAUUCGAGAUCGCGCAAAAAGCGAUCGAAAUGAUAUCUUUUAAGCUUCUUUCGCGUUAGCUGUCAAAUAGACAGAUAUAACCUACAACGUGUGAAUUUGAAAAAUUUAUCGAAUCUAUAAAAAUGGACGUUGUAACAACAAGUCUCGAAGCUUUGAUACAAAGGGUAACAAAUCCGCAAAAUCAGAAACCCGAUAUAGCGGCGACUGAAGCAUUCUGUGUGAUGGUUACUAAAGAACCAGAAGGCAUUCAAAUUGGUGCUAAAUUGCUAGCACUGCACAUCCAGUCGUCUAAUGAGUUUGAAGCUCUUCAAGCCCUUAGUUUAUUGGAUACAUGUAUGAAAAGAUGCGGGCCAUCUUUUCACGCUGAAAUUGGUAAAUUUCGUUUUUUAAACGAAAUGAUUCGUCUGGUUUCACCAAAGUAUCUAGGUGGUAAGACACCAGUUUUGGUACGUCAGAAAGUAUUACAGUUGUUACACGUAUGGACAAAAGAAUACCCUCGAGAAAUAAAAAUUAAAGAAGCUUAUGAAAUGUUAAAAAAACAGGGUGUUAUUGAGGAUGAUACGAUAUUGUCAGCAAACGGUCAAGAAGAUGCGUUAAAAAUAUCGAAAGCUAAGAGUACAAUAUUCGACGACGAAGAAAAAUCUAAACUACUGCAAAAAUUACUUCAAAGUAAAAAUCCUGAUGAUUUACAGGCUGCAAACAGAUUAAUUAAAACUAUGGUAAAAGAGGAUGAAAGAAGGGUGCAACUAAAUUCACGUAGAAUAAUGGAAUUAGAAUCUGUUCACAAUAAUGCAAAGUUAUUAUCAGAAAUGUUAGACUCGUACAAUUACAAUGAGACUAGUAAAGAAGAUCUUGAAUUAAUGAAAGAAUUGCAUCAAGCUUGCGAACGAUUAAAACCAAUUGUACUAAGAUUAGCAAACGAAACCCAUGAUAACGAAGGGAUGCUAGGUGAUGUGCUUGCCGCAAGUGACGAAUUAGAACAAGUAUUUGAGAAAUAUGCUGCAAUUAUUGUUCGCGGUGAAUGCGUCAAAUUUAAGACAGAUACCAACAUCAGUCCGUACUUAUUAGAUUUAUCUUCUCCAAUAGACAAUAUUUCUCAUGAAAGCGGUGGUACGAAUACAAAUUGCGAUGCUACCAGAAUAAAUAAUCAAUCAGAUAUGGAAGUCUUAGGAGAUAUCUUCAGUUCACUAGGAAAAUCUGAAAACCCAGAAAUCUCAUCGGUUUCUAAUCCAAACUUAUUAAUGACCGAUUCGAUUAUGCAGCCAGUCAACGUUUUGGUCACGAGUAAGAAAGACGAAUCGAUCAACAUCCCUGAAAAGAAAAUAGACAGUAAAGCUAGGGCAUUAGAAGAAUUGAACGAAUUGGGAGAAUCUUUGCUUAAACAAAGUUUAUCGGGCACGGCGUUAAACGUACGUUCAAAUUCAGGAAGUAUGCAAACUGCAGCUCGCACAUCAAAUGCUGAACCUUCAACAAAACACGAUUCGAUAACUUUUUCACGCGGCAGUUCUUCGCGUUCGUCUGAUUUAUUGGAAUCUACAAAUGUAAAAAAUAACAAAACGUCUAAUAUUCAUUUGGAAUCGCUCAAUAAUCUAUUAUCUCAUGAUGUUGAAAAUUCUCCAAAUGUCAUUGAUUCUGACGUGAACGAAAAAAUUAAUACAAACGCAUCCAAUAAUCGAUUAAUCGCGUGGAACAGAGUUUCGGCAUCGUCGACAACAGAAAAUACAGUCAGUACAACAGAACCUGAGAUCAAAUCAUUAGCAGACAUUAAUAUUAAUCUUCAAGAUAUCAAACCAGGUAUUAAUCCACCUAUGACCGUAAUCGAAGAAAAGAACGGUAUAUCAGUCGUGCUUCAUUUUGCUCAAGAUAAUCCAAGACCAGACGUAUUUGUAAUAGUAAUUACAACAAUGAGCAAAAAUUCUAAACCACUUAGUAAUUAUUUAUUUCAAGCAGUGGUGCCAAAAAGAUGUAAAUGUAGACUUCAACCACCAUCUGGAACUGAAUUGCCCGGUCAUAAUCCAUUUCUUCCUCCAUCAGCAAUUACUCAGAUUAUGCUAAUUGCUAAUCCUAAUAAGUUCCUGUCGAUACAUUCCACAGUCUUGCUACGCCAUCGGAAGAGGCUAAAUUAAAAAAAGCAUUUAAAUAAACUAUAAGUGGAAUAACGCGAGGUUAAAGAAAGUACGUUAUUAUUACCAGUAAAUAUAUAUUGAGAAUCUGCACUGAAUGCAGCAUCCCAGACCCAUCGCUUCGCUUCAUGCUGAAGCACCUGUAUUUCAGAAAAAUCUGUAGUUUUCCAAACUCGCGCGGUCUGAUCAGCCGACGUGGUUACCAAGAGCCUGCACAAAAGAUAUUAUACAACUUUUAGACAAUGGUUCGUAUAAUAAUAUUCGUUUGACAAAAUUGAUUACGUUUUGCUUACGUGGAGUCAGGACUAAAUUUGCAUCGAAGCGCAUAACGUUUAUGCGCUGAAAGCUUACGACGAGGAUUAAGACGCGUAGGUUCCUCACCGACACCACCAGUGAGGGUCCAUAUGUAACAAUGGCCUUUGUUACUCACUGCUGCCAUAUAUGUACCAUCUUGAUCGAUCGCAAUGUCUUGCACGGAUACUUCAGCGUCUGGUAUCUGUUGAAAAAUCAAUUAUCCAUGUAAGUUCAAUUGAGAUUGAAACUGAAUUAUUCGCUGUGUUACCAUUAUAGAUGAAACUAAAUAUUUUAGCUGCAUUUGAUAAGUUUACUUUUUAUUAUAAAUUUUCUACCAGCUGUUCAUUAUGAUCCGACCGUAGAUCCCAUAAGUGUAUUACGCCGCUUUGAUCACCCACAAUAAGUUCAGCUUGAUUAGGGUGUAAACAUACACAAUUUACAGGAGCUGAUACUUGAAAUAUCCUUUGACAUUGGAAACUAUUCGUCCUAAAAUAUUACUCUGGUUAUUGUAAUACAUAAACAUAUUUAACCACCAA